AUGGAUGAGGACUGUAAGUCUUUCAACUUCUAUGAAUGUAAGAAACUCUGUGAGCUGAAUAAUGCAUCAAGAGCUGAGCAUCCUCGAGACUUUCUUGAAGAUCAAGGGAGUGUACACUUUGAUGCAGAUGAGGACACACCCAUCUUCUCAGUGGCUAAAAACUCUCUCACUCUCUUCAAAAGUUGUAAAGAACUUUUGGUUCAGCCAAGCACCCGACCAUUAUCUACUGAGCCAACAACUCAACCCUCAUCCACUGAGCCAACAACUCGACCCUUAUCCACUGAACCAACAACUCAACCCUUAUCCACUGAACCAACAACUCACCCCUCAUCCAAUGUGCAAACAACUCAACCCUCAUCAACUGAGCCAAAAACUCUACCCUCAUCCACUGAGCCAACAACUCAACCCUCAACCACUGAGCCAACAACUCAACCCUCAUCCACUGAGCCAACAACUCAACCCUCAUCCACUGAGCCAACAACUAACCCCUCAUCCACUGAACCAACAACUCAACCCUUAUCCACUGAACCAACAAUUCACCCCUCAUCCAGUGAGCCAACAACUCAACCCUCAUCCAGUGAGCCAACAACUCAACCCUCAUCCACUGAGCCAACAACUCAACCCUCAUCCACUAAGCCAACAACUCAACCCUCAUCCACUGAGCCAACAACUCAACCCUCAUCCACUGAGCCAACAACUCAACCCUCAACCCCUGAGCCAACAACUCAACCCUCAUCCACUGAGCCAACAACUCAACCCUCAUCCACUGAGCCAACAACUCAACCCACAUCCAGUGAGCCAACAACUCAACCCUCAUCCACUGAGCCAACAACUCAACCCUCAUCCACUGAGCCAACAACUCAACCCACAUCCACUGAGCCAACAACUCAACCCACAUCCAGUGAGCCAACAACUCAACCCUCAUCCACUGAGCCAACAACUCAACCCUCAACCACUGAGCCAACAACUCAACCCUCAUCCACUGAGCCAAUAACUCAACCCUCAUCCACUGAGCCAACAAUUCAACCCACAUCCACUGAGCCAACAACUCAACCCUCAUCCACUGAGCCAACAACUCAACCCUCAUCCACUGAGCCAACAACUCGACCCUCAUCCACUGAGCCAACAACUCGACCCUCAUCCACUGAGCCAACAACUCAACCCUCAUCCACUGAGCCAACAACUCAACCCUCAUCCACUGAGCCAACAACUCAACCCUCAUCCACUGAGCCAACAACUCAACCCUCAUCCACUGAGCCAACAACUCAUCAAUUGACCAGUGAUCCAACAACUCACUUCUUUUCAACUCAGAGCCCCCUGCCUAAAUUCAGCAGCUGUCAGGAGUUUCGAGAUGCUGGUUAUAGCAAGAGUAAUGUAUACACAAUCUACCCAAGUGGACCCAGUGGUAUGAAGGUGUACUGUGACAUGGAGACUGAUGGUAGGGGAUUGAUUGUAUUUCAGAGGCGAAUUGAUGGCAGUGUAGACUUUUAUCGCAACUGGACAGAAUACCAGACUGGCUUCGGUGACCUAUCAGGAGAAUUCUGGCUUGGCAAUGAUAACUUAGUGGAACUUACCUCAGCAGGUUAUACCAAUCUACGAGUAGAUCUUACAACAUGGACAGGUGAAGAAGGACAUGCAGAGUAUAGUGGAGUUCGCAUUACUGGUAUUGAAUAUAUAUUCAGUUAUGACAAUUUCAUAGGUGGCAAUGCAGAUGACUCUCUAAAUGACAACAAGAAUAAUCCAUUUCAAACAAAGGACGACAACGAUAAUGGCGAGAAUUGUGCAGAACAAACUCAUGGAGCCUGGUGGUUCAAAGACUGCACAGUCAAGUCUCACCUAAAUGGUGAAUAUGAGCAAAACCCUGUUGGCAGACGAGGCAUUGUAUGGUACAAAUGGAAUCAACCCAUCAAAGUAUGCUGUAUGAAACUACGUAAACCUUAA